AUGCCAGACACAGGAGCACAGAAACCAGACAACGCUGGAUCGUGUCUCUGCGAGGCCGUCAAAUUCAAGCUGUAUGGGAAGCCCCUGCAGUGCGCGGUGUGCCACUGCGACAGCUGCCAGCAGUUCAGCGGGUCGGCGUUUAUGGUUAACUGCUGGUAUAACCAGGAGAAUGUCCAAAUCGUCCGCGGAGAUACCCUGGCCACAUUCCACGAAGGCGGCACCAGCAGUGGCUCAACGAUGCGUCGCUCGUUCUGCAGGGCGUGUGGAUCCAGCGUGUUCCAGCAGACCGGCGACUUGUACGAAGCUGGCAUAGUCUCCGUGGCCAGUGGGACGAUGCUCGAUCGCAGUGAAGCUAUCCCCAGCCUCGAGGUCUGGUGCCGGAACAGGCGGCCCUGGCUGGCUCUCACGCAUUCGGGAGAAACGAAGGAGACCCAAUAG